GACUGACUACGAACAGGCCAGACAUUAAAACUCUGUACGUAUGGGAUUCCAAGACAAAACCUAUCGCCGAAACUUUCCAUAGAUUACUUGCAGAUAAAGGCCGACAGUGUGAAUUACCCCCAUCGCACAUAUAGUUUUCACAACAAGAUCUGCAGUCCGCCAAUAGCAAGCAUUUCCAAGUGGUGUUUUCAGAGCAGUGUGCAUCGAACAAGACUGGGCUUCGUUGCUUGUAUUCUACUCAUGUCGACGGCAUGGACAGAGCCUGGUAUCCAGGCCCCGCCGCACUAUGGCAAAGACCCACCGUUAUCAGAAUGUCCUGAGCCAAUUGCCAUUGUGGGAAUGGGCUGUCGUUUGCCUGGAGGAGCUUCGGACCCAUCGAAGCUUUGGGAUCUACUUAUCAGCAAACGAAAUGCAUACUCGGAUUUUCCAUCGGAUAGAAUUAAUAUCGAUGGAUUCUAUCAUCCCAAUAAAGAUAGACCCGGAAGCCUGUAUACCAAAGGAGGAUAUUUCAUAGAUGAGGAUCCUCGGCAGUUUGACCAUGGAUUCUUUGGUAUUACACCUCUAGAGACGAUAAAUUUGGACCCAACCCAGAGGAAGCUUCUUGAAACAGCGUAUGAAGCUUUUGAGAAUGGAGGAGAGACACUGGAGUCGCUGUCAGGGUCAAGAACCGGAGUGUAUGUUGGGAAUAUCCUAUUCGAACACUACAUGAUGCAACUACGGGAUGCGGACUUUACUCUUCCAUAUCUAACGACAGGAGGGAGCCCGACGAUCUUAAGUAAUCGUGUAAACUAUGUCUUCAAUCUCAAAGGACCAAGCAUGACUCUCGAUACUGCAUGCUCCUCAUCUAUGUAUGCCCUUCAUCUUGCCGUGAACGCCCUUCGCAACAAGGACUGCGAUGCUGCUCUGGUGGCUGGCACACAGCUAAUACUUGGGCCUGAAAUACAAAUAUCUUGCGCCAGGUUAGGUGCCCUCUCCCCAACUUCCCAAUGCCAUACAUUUGAUGCUGCAGCAGACGGCUACGCAAGAGCAGAAGGGUUUGGGUCUGUAUACAUCAAAAGAUUAUCCGAUGCGAUCAAGAACAGCGAUCCCAUCCGAGCUGUGAUUAGAGGGACGGCAGUAAACACCAAUGGACGAACUGCCGGAAUCGCACACCCCAGCCCAGAGGGACAGGAAGCAGUAAUUAGAAGUGCUUACAAAAAUGCUGGUGGCCUGGAUCCGGAUCUCACUGGACUAUUCGAAUGCCACGGAACCGGUACGCAGGUUGGCGAUCCCUUGGAAGUUAGCGCAAUAGGACGCGUGUUCGGGUCUGGGAGGAAGGAAGAAAAUCCUUUGUUAAUAGGCUCGAUAAAACCCAACCUUGGCCAUGCUGAAGCUGCUAGCGGUAUUGCUGGUCUAAUGAAAGCGGUACUUGCGGUCGAGAAUGGGAUCAUUCCGCCAACGAUUGGGUUAAUAAACCCGAAUCCCAAUAUCGACUUCAAAGGUGCCAGAGUCGAAGUCGUUACUGAGGCUACAAAAUGGCCUGCCGAUAAGCCAAUACGGAGAGCAAGCGUAAACUCAUUUGGCUUUGGAGGCGCAAACGCACACUGCAUAAUAGAACACGUAUCGUCUGUUGUCCAUGGAUAUAAGUCGAGCGUGAGGAGACGAUCAACGAACUUGACGGGUACUGCGACCCCUAUAGCCACCAGCAACGGAGAAAAUGGCAACAGAUCCUAUCACAGAGACAAAACCACAGUACCUAAUGGAUUGGACAAAGUCAACGAAGAGAGUCCAAUGAGGCCAGAUGGCAAGCUGAUCCAUCAACAAUCCUGUAGCACGAGAAAAAAGGUACUUUUGCCAUUCUCCGCUUUUGAUGACAAGUCUCUUGAAGACAAUCUUGCUGCAGUCAGCUCCAUUCUGCAAAACUACAACCUUUCGGACCUAGUAUAUACAUUAUCGGCUCGCAGGUCGAGAUUCGCCCAGCGUGCAUUCGCCGUGAUCGGCCUUGAAGAUAGUCACAUUCACAAAGAUGAGGUGGUUACCGGCUCUUCAGACUUGAGAGACCAACAAGUAGGCUUCGUGUUUACUGGACAAGGCGCUCAGUGGCCUGGCAUGGGGCUCGGAUUGUACAAAGAAUACGAAGCUUUUCGAUCAUCGAUUCGCUAUCAAAAUAAUGUCCUUCACAAAUUAAGAGACGGGCCCGGUUGGACCAUUGAGGAGGUGCUUAUGGAGCCCUAUGCUAGUAGCAGCGUCCACAAAACUCAAUUCUCGCAGGCGCUCUGCACGUCUAUACAAAUUGCCUUGGUUGACUUGCUCAGAUCGUGGCGCGUGAGUCCGGUUGUUUCGGUCGGUCAUUCCUCUGGCGAGAUAGCGGCAGCGUAUGCGAGUGGGCAUCUAACGGCUGCCGAAGCCAUAGCUUUGGCAUACUAUCGCGGCAAAGCCGUUGAGAUGAGCCAGAAGGUUGGCCGCAUGCUAGCCGUUGGACUUGGGCCUGAUGAGGUUCAGCCAUACCUGCAUGAUAUGGAAGGGCGAGUGGUGAUCGCCUGUUAUAACUCUCCUUCAAGUACCACGCUCUCUGGAGAUGCGGAUGCAAUUGACCUGGCUUCGGAGAGGCUCGAAGUUGACAAAGUGUUUAAUAGAGUGCUGAAAACAAGCAACAAUGCUUACCACUCACACCAUAUGGCGGAAUUGGGCCAGGUGUAUGAGGAUCUAGCUACUAAAGGACUCAGUGACAUUGCUAGCGAUAUCAAUUUAGAGAGGGAAAGUUUGAACCGCCAUCGAACACUAUGGGUAUCAUCAGUCACUCCGAGUAAGGACAUGACCACGCAAGUAUGCGGUCCGUCAUACUGGCGAAAAAAUCUUGAGUCACCUGUGCAGUUUAUGCAAGCUAUUGAAAACAUCUCAGAGAUUGCAUCACUCCAUGGAUCGAUAUUGGUUGAGCUAGGUCCACACCCGGCUCUCAACGGCCCGUUAAAGCAGAUUCGAGCAAAAAUUGGAGACAAGCUUGGACCUUCGCUCAGCAGUAUCUCUCGCGCAUCAGACAAUCUAGAAGACAUGUUGAGGCUUGCUGGUAAUCUGUUCUUGCGCAAUGCACCCAUUGACCUUGCAAGAGUGAAUGCGGUGGACAUCUUCGAAGGACAGCAAUGGGCUCUCGCACGAGGAAGCUGUUGCGUAGACCUACCGACGUAUUGCUUCAACUACGGUCCAAAUAUCUAUUACGAAAAUAGAUUGAAUAAAGAGUGGCGAUUUAGGAAGCACCUACGACACGAUAUUCUUGGAGCUAGGAUUCAGGGAUGCUCAAAAUUCCGACCAGCGUGGAGGAACAUUCUUAAGGCAAAAGACUUGUCUUGGCUUAGAGACCUGCAAAUUCAUGGUCAGACGGUGCUGAGCUCAGGGUCGUAUUUAGCAAUGGCCAUCGAGGCGGUCACUCAGAUCUGUGACGAGGACAAAGAUCAAACAGAGACCGCGGGCUUCUCGCUCAAAGACAUUGAGAUUAAAGGACUGUUGCAAAUCCCAGAUAACGAUUUUGGCAUUGAGACGGUAUUCGAUUUGCGGACAAGGCAACCAGCGAAAGAUAGAGGAGAGAGAAAGUGGUUCGAAUUCAAUGUUAGUUCAGUUCCUGCGGAUGGAGGCGAAUGGGUCGACAUUUGCUCCGGUAGCAUCGAGAUUGAACCUGAAAGAAGGCCAUUUGGUGAAUCGAUCACUAGCAUCAAGUCACUAAGACACAUUGAUAUAGAGCGGUGGUAUGAGCGACUCACGGAACUUGGAGCGGCACGUGGACCUUCGUUUCAAUCGCUUUCAGGCUUAAGAGCCCGAGACGGCAAUGACAGUGCUAGCGCGAUAGUGAACAUGAGGCCAACAGAAGACGAAAGCCAGGAAUCGCGAUAUGUGAUCCAUCCUGCGACGCUGGACUCCGUAUUUAUGCUUGGUAUAAUAGCAGGCCAUUCUGGGCAGACGGAGAAAAUUCGCGCGCCCUUCACGCCAAGCAUAAUCAAAGAAUGCACCAUCUGGAAAGCUUCUAAGAUAAGCCCACAUUCGCUCAACGGAAAGGUAUUCGCCAAAGGCACCAUGGACAAUCUCCGCUUGACGGCAACGGCCCAGCUUUCGUCGGAGUUUGGCAUGCCGCUAGUUGAGGUCAAGGGGAUUGAGCUGAAUCGCCAUGAUGCGCUAGAAGGGAUGCUAGAGCCGGCAUAUAACCCUUUCCUUAAGCUUGUCUGGAAGCCGGAUGUGACUGCUAUGACCAAUGAAGCAAUGCGCGCCAAAUAUCCAGCGCCUUCGAAGGCGAACGAGGUAGGCGACAAGUUCGACAAGCUCGAAGAGCUCGCCAUAUAUUCAGUGGUUGGUAUCUACAAGCAGCAGAAACACGAGUACCAGGAUAAACGAUGUGAUGAACUACAGAGGUUCCUCGAUUGGAUUCAGCGCACGGUUGAAUAUGCGGAAGAUGGCAAGAUACCAUAUGGCUUUGAAGCACUUGCAGCUAGCGCCGCGAAAAGGAGAGAGAGAAUUAAUUAUCUCAAUUCUGCGCUUGAGAAUAUGAUCGAAGCAAAGUUGAUCUCUGCCAUUUUUCACAAUCUACCCGCGAUUUUGGCUGGCACAACUAGUGGUCUGCAAGUUGCCCUCGAGAAUAAUCUGCUUGCGGAGUUGUACACCUCAGGCUAUUCGAUUACAAGGGCUUACCCUCAGCUUAUCAGUGUUAUUGACAGUCUAGCACAUAAAAACCCACGCAUGCAUAUCAUCGAAGUCGGCGGUGGAACUGGGGGCGCUACACGUGAAGUCCUUAAGGCUUUAGGCGCACCGACCUUCAAGAAGUACCACAGUUAUACCUUUACAGACGUUAGCAACGGCUUUUUAUCAGCAGUUGAGAACGAAUUUUCUGAUCACAAGGGUAUGAUAUAUAAGACGCUAGACUUGGAACUUGAUCUAAAGGAUCAAGGGUACGAAUCAACUUUCGACUUAGUCAUUGCUUCUCAGGUCCUGCACACCACACGUUCCAUACUCAAAUCGGUUCAUCAUGCGCGAAAACUUCUCAAACCUGGAGGUAAGCUUGUGAUGCUGGAGCUAACUCGUGUCUGGCUCGGUGCUGGCAUCGUGCUAGGGACCCUUCCUGGUUACUGGAAUGGUCACAAUGAUGGACGGCUUGACAGUCCCUUCAUCAAUAGCAACGGCUGGCAGCAGCUUCUUACCGCUUCUGGCUUCUCUGGUAUUGACAUCAGCCUUGAUGAUCACGAACAGCCGUAUACCUUAACCUCUGUCAUUGUAGCAACGGCCACGGAAACUAAGUCAGCUAUCACGAUGCAGCCUAGCCGAAGCCCUGUCAUAUAUUUGAUAUAUAAAGACUUCAUCCACCCCCUUGGUCGAGAAAUAGAGAAAGCACUCAUGGGUGGCGCACAGCCUAUAUAUAUAAGACUAAGUGAGGCACCGACGAUGAUUUCUCCACACUCAAGGAUUAUCUCGCUGGUAGAUAUCUCAAGCAACGCCUUCUUCAAAAUAUCACAACAGGAAUUUAAAGGCAUGAGAGACUUCAUCUCUCAGGCGCUUUCGAUCCUUUGGGUAUAUGCUGGUAACCCGAUUGAAGGAUUCAGGCCUGAGUCGGGAGUCAGUGUCGGCCUAUUGAGGUCGCUUGUUACAGAGCUUCCUCAUGUCAAGAUCGCCUCCUUGGGUCUGGAAAAAUCUUUCUGCUCGAGCCUUGGUUCAGUAGCUAUGAUCGUUAUCGAGAGAGAAUACCAUCUCCAGAAUGUGAACCCUGGCGAACCCUACGACCAUGAGUAUGUACUCGACAACGGCACUGUUAAAAUAGGUCGUUUAGAGCCGGAAGAGUGCCUAAAUGCCUGGUACACUGAGAUAGCGAACGAACAGGCCAUUACCAAGUACCCAACCCUCGAAUCACUUGGGGCAGUAUUUGCAAUACCUGUAACCCUUGACCCCAAAGCGGCCUAUAUUAUCGCCGGAGGACUAGGUGGCCUUGGGACGAGUAUCAGUACGUGGAUGGCUGAGCGAGGUGCGAGACACCUGGUCUUCGUGUCCAAAACCGGUGGUACCAAGCCUGAAGCCAUGGAUGCCAUUCAAGAGCUACACAUGAUGGGCGUUAAAACGGAUAUAGUGACUUGCAGCGUGAGUGAUAAAGAAGCAUUGGUGACUGCUGUCGAGGAAAUUAUGCAAAGAAGCACCGUCAAAGGUGUUGUUCAUGGUACAGUGGGAGAAGAUAAUGCUGCAUUCGAAAGUGCGACACAAGAUCAGCUGCAACAUAUGUUCAACCACAAGGUACAAGGCGCUAUCAAUCUACACGAAGUGACUCUUCAAUGCCCACUAGACUUCUUUGUUAUGACCUCCUCGAUUGUUGCAACGGUUGGCGCUGCGAGAUCAGGCCUCUAUGUCGCCGCAAACGCAUUCCAAGAUUCGUUCGCUAGGCACAGAAGAUCCAAAGGUCUUCCUGGUCAAACUAUCUCUUUUGGACCGGUGUUGGAGGUUGGGUCUGUGGCGGAUCCGGCCUUGGUACAGACAGCGCUUCAGCGCAUUGGACUUUCAAGUACAACAGAGUACGAAUUUCUAAGGCUAUUCGAGCUAGCUCUAGCUAGCCCAAAGAUUCCUCAAGAUUGUGACCCUUUCGCUGGUGCGCAUCUAAUAACGGGAAUGGAGCCUCAGCAGCUGCAUAAACUUCAUCAAAAACGUAUUGGCAGCCAGGUUGUAUGGCACUUUGAUGCGAGAUUCGCCAGAGUACUCACCGCCGUGGAAGAUGUGACACGAAACAAAGUACUUAAAACACAGGAAAUGAGUGUUCUAGAUAGCCUGAAGGACUCAGGUCCGGAAGAGAGAGAAGAAAUCGUCAUACGAUCUAUGUGCACGAAACUAGAAAGCCUGUGUUAUCUUGCUUCCGGGUCUAUCGACCCGCGGAAGGCAGCUAUGACCUACGGCAUAGAUAGCAUGAUUGCAGCGGAAUUCAGGAGUUGGCUGUUCAAGAUAUUCGAAGUAAAUAUCAGUUUUUUGGAAUUACUGAGCCCGAGAACGAAGAUUCUGGGCCUAGCGAAAAUGGUUCUAGAGCAUUAG